AUGGUUUUAAAGCUAGAUAUGUCUAAAGCUUAUGACAGAGUGGAAUGGACCUUUAUUGAGGCUAUGCUUAAGCGUUUGGGCUUUACCGAAGGGUGGGUGGAGCUAAUUAUGGAUUGUAUAUCCACGGUUACAUACUAUGUUCAAGGUCGGGGGGUGGCUUCCGGAUUGAUUGUUUCAUCAAGGGGGCUGCUAUGUUUUAGCCCCAACACUGAUCCGGUGAUGAAGCAACUGAUUGCUGACAUGCUUGGAGUGCCGAUUGUUACUUGUCAUGAACGCUACCUAGGGCUGCCCACCUUAGCCCAACGUAGCAAAUCCCGGAUGUUUAAUCACGUGCGUGAACAAGUGUGGCGCAAGCUUAAUACUUGGGAUACGAAGUUGUUGUCAACGGCUGGCAAGGAAGUCUUAAUCAAGGAGGUUGGCCAAGCAUUACCUACUUAUACAAUGGGAGUUUUUAAGUUUUCAAAAUCCUUGUGUCAGGAACUAUCUGUUAUGAUUGCAAGAGGAAAUUGUGUAAACCAAAAUGUCGGGGGGGGUCUCGAGUUCAGACACUUUGAAGCUUUUAAUAAAGCCAUGGUUGCAAAACAGGCUUGGCGUAUUUUAGAGAACCCCACAUCUCUGGUUGCUAAGAUACUUAAAGCCCGAUAUUUUCCAGAUUAUGAUUUUAUGCAGGCUAGUUUGGGGAGCUCGCCGUCACUGAUAUGGAAAUCUAUUCUGUGGGGACGUGAGGUUAUUGAGGGGGGGCUUGCUGUGGAGGGUGGGCAAUGGAGUUUCUAUCCGGGUUCUCCAAGAUAG